AUGAGUAACAUACGCACCAUUCACGAUACUCCAACAGCGAGUAGCAACCGUUUUUCCAUGAGUCCCAUCGGUGGAAACCCGAUAUACGUUGGAACUGUGUUUGGGAUUGAAAUUACUCUUCACCCGUUGUUGCUAUUGUAUUUCGUAAUCUCCGCCGCACUCCCGUGGUUGCUGAAUUCGUCCACGAUGACGAUGAAAGUUUGGUUAUAUUUAGUCGUCGUGAACAUUCCUUUGUUGUUUGGUACCGUUUUACUGCACGAAUUGGGCCACUGUUUCGCGACUAGAAAAGUCGGAGGCGAAGUUCAUGGCAUUCUGUUAUGGCCUCUGGGAGGACUCGCAUACAUCGGUCACAGCGGAGAUGCUAAGGAUGAUUUGAUCGUCUCCAUAGCUGGUCCUUUAACGCACAUACCUCAAGCACUGUUGUGGUAUGGAUUAUCUCAAGCUUUUACUCGGGGGACGUUUAUGGACAUGUUGUGCGUUCAAGCCUUAUGGCUCAAUAUCUCGUUGAUGCUUUUCAAUCUCUUCAUUCCCUGCUAUCCUUUAGAUGGAGGUAGAAUUUUCGCAGCGUCGUUGCAACUGAUGAAAGUGAGAGUUGAUAUCGCAGCAAAGAUUUGCGCGUUCGUUUCAUUAGUGUGCGCUCUUGGCAUUGGUUUGUAUGGCUUUCUUUAUAAUGAAAUAAUCGCCAUGUUCAUCGGCUUUUGGUGCGCUCAAGAAUCGUAUAAUCUCUACGUCCACACGAAAGAAGAACGGUUGCAAGAGCAUCAGCUUUUCAGUAAAUACGCUAUCGAGACGAACGAUGGCCCGUACAAUCAAAUUUAG